ACAAUCAGCUGCAGUUAAAUCUUAGUGAAGAAGACCUCGGCUCCCAGGAAGAGCAUGGCGCGGUGUGUGUGUUGGUUCGACUCCCUUCGCUGUGGAACCAGGAGGUAACAGCGGUGUCACCGCGGGAUCUAGCCCAGAAGCAGUGACGGACUGACGGUUAGAAAGACGCGUAGGGUUGGUUGAGAAUCCAAAACAAUGGACGACAACCCCGCUCGGAGGGAGGCAGCUCGUCCGAGGAGGAGGGCGUCUGCUGCCGCGGAGGUUGGCGCUAACGUAAGCCUGCAAGAUGGCGAGGGAAUCGAGGUACACUCAGCCAGGGAAACUCAAGCUGGUCCGGACAGACUGAGUGCGGCCGGCGGGAGGACCGAGAGGAGGAACUCGGGACCGCAGGUGGUCCACCAGAGACACAUGCCGAUGGAGCCCCUCAAGUUCCAUAUCCCGAGGAAAACCAAGGAAAAGAGAGCGCUGUUCCAGCAUGUCUCCACGGAGUCCAGGGAGUAUGAAGACAUGAUGACCAUCCUGUCUUCCAGCUACGUCGACGCCGGCUCUGCUGGCUGCUUCACCUACUCCAAACCUCGGCUCGUCCACAGCGAGCUGCUGGAGAAAGAGUUUGUGGAGAAGAGGAAGGAGAUGAAGGCAGAUGGGAGGACAGACAAGGAGCUCGAGGAGAGCUACUGUUUCUUGUUGGCUGAUUCUGUUAAGCUGCCCUGUCUCUGUGAGAAGGGGCUGCUUGUGGGUCAGAGCUGGAUCACACUCCUGGGACACCCUAGUAAAGGAGUGUAUCUGUCCAGGUACUCAGACCUACUUCAGAUUAACCCCUUAAAUGUUGGAGCCACGGGGGAGGUAAUCAUCUUCAAAGUGAUGAAGGGGAAAGUGAAGAGCAUAUACGAGAACAUGAAGAACGUUCUGGAUCCAACGCCUCGCUUUGACAGCCACAUCUCCAAGAAUGCCAGCAAAGUCACAUCGCUCGCAUCCUACCGCUCCUUCGAACUCACACAGCAAUACUUCUACGAGUAUUCCUUCGACGAGCUGCUGCAGCGCCCUCGCCAGGUGUGUCCGUACGCCGUCGUCUCCUUCCAGUUCAAAGGAAAAGACUCUGCACUCCCCAGCAAACCCCUGACCCCCAUCAGGUUGAACAGCCAGUCAGCAGAGGGGAGUAAAGAGCGGGCUCAGUUCACAGUGUGGACUGGAGAUUUGGUGAAAGGGGAUCAGGUUCUCUUCCAGAUCGCCCUUCGCUCCUUCUCUCCUCCCUUCUUGCCCCACAGACUACCAGAGAAGUUAGAAAUCGGUUGGUUGAUGAAGCUCGACCAGGUGACGAAGCUCCUGCCCUCCGACCUGCUCUCGUACAACCUCUACACCAGUAGCCAAGAAGUUGUGAAAAAUGGCCGCUGCUGCAGUCUUCUGGAGGUGACUGACAGAAGUCGGUCUACGACCAGCGUGACGAGACUGCUGCAGGAACUGGAGAUCAACAGAGUGGUUUUGGUGACUCAACUUACAGACAGAGGCUUCCUCUUCCUGAUAUCCAGUGUUCAGAUGGCUACACCCUCUGAGAGAGGAGAGAGCUGGAAGAGGUGUCUUCAAGCCUUGUUCGUAUUCCCUGAGUCCAGAGAUGUGUCCGCAUUAAGGUGUGCCUCCUCCUCCCAUGAUGCCUCAGAGUCGUUGAUGUCUGGCGGCAUGGUGAUGCCGCGGCUGAACCAGUUUAUCCCGGUGUUGCACCAUGCCCUGGUCAAGGCCCGCGCCAACCCCCCUCCUGAGCUGUCUGCCGGGGUGGAGCGUCUGGCCCGGGAAUACCUCGCCAGCCUGAACGACGGAAUAGUUCGACAGUACCCAAUGAGCGAGUACGAUUCCAAACUGGAUGAGCGAGGAAAGCUGUUUCCUGCUCCCAAACACCAGCGGGUGAACAUGGACGGCUAUCUGCGCUCCUACCUGUACAACCCAGCCCUCUACCUGCUCUCAGUGGCCCGGGCCCGGCAGAUGGUGGAGGCACACUGUGGCCCCGAGGAGCUGCAGGAGGGGAAGCUCAGGAAGAGCUGGGGAGGCCUGAGGGAGGCAACGGGAAAGGACGCGACAAGCAACGCUCGAGACAAACAGGCCAACACUCAAAAGAUGCAGCAGCUGGUAGAUCUAGUUUUGACCUGUAAGAGGAAUGCAGAGAAUGAGGUGAGGAGGGAGGAAGGAGGAGGAGGGGUCAAGGUACCAGGGAGGAAGAGGAAAAUGGAACAGGAGACUGCAGAGAGGGCACUUAAGUUCCUGAAGGCAUCACAGGAUCCCGGAAGACACAGCAAGAUUCCAGUUGAAGCAAGCCAAGUCCCAGGCUCUCCUGGAUCUCUUGCGUCUGUGAUUGGCUCAGUGGGUUUGAAGGACUUUGAUCUGAGGGAAGAUGGAUCUGAACUAGCUGCUAGUCUUCUCCGUUUACUAACAGGCCUCACCCAGGAUGCCAGGGGAACGACCAAUCAAAGUGUUAGUGAAGUGCAAGAGGAGGGGCAGAGGGAAUCCUGUCCAUUUGAUAAGUUAGCCACCAAGCUUGGUCUGCCCACCAACUGUGACAUUGACCUGAGGAAGCAGGAUGAGCUGGAGACGGCGGGCAGCAUCAGUAGUUCGGAGGGAUUCAGUCCCAGCUCCCACAGCGGGGAGAUGAAUCGCCACGGAGCAGCAGGUAGAGGUGGAGGAGGCCAAACGAGGAGAGCAGCAGGAUACGAAGAGGACGACGACGUGGGGGAGAUCCCUUGGGUUCUCAUCCCCAUUACAGGUGUGUGUUCACAGAGGUACACCCAUAGAGACAGAAACAUCCCCCAGGACCCUCGCUUCCAGCACCUCACCACAGCAACGAGCCUCACCACAGCAACCAAACCUCGCAGGAAGAGCCCCACCCCAUCUCCUGAGCGAAGCAUUCCUCCUUCCCCCCUCCAGUGCCCAUCCCCUGAGCCCAGCCCUCCUCACUCCCCCUCCCAAUGCCCAUCACCCGACCCCAGCCCUCCCCAGUCACCCUCCCAAUGUCCAUCUCCAGAGCCCAGCCCACCCCCUUCCCCGUCACAAUGCCCGUCCCCAGUGCCCAGCCCUGCCCCUUCCCAUUCCCUAUGCCUGGACUCUCAACUUGGUCGUUACCAGUCACCCUCCUGGUGCCGGUACACAGAGCCUAAUGAGCUCAGCAUGUUUAACAAGGAGCAGAGUGGUGUUAACGAGGAGCGGUUAGCCGCCACAGCCUCCAGGGAGUUUGCAGGGGUGUUCAAGGACAGAGAAGAGAAACCUCAGGGGGAAGAAAAUAAGAAUGAAGAGCCAUCCGUGUCUGCAUUGUUCCAGCCAUCUGUCCCUCCAGCUGCAGAGAGGAGGACAAACCUCUCACCACAACCAGCUGAGCAGGAGAAGGUGAAUGAGGUUCAGGCUAAAGUUUUAGAGGAGGAAAAAGAAUCUCAGCUAGUUGAGAGACUGCUAAAGCAAGAACAAGAAGAGGUCAGCGAGGGUAAGAAAGACGAGGAGGGGCAGGUGGUGGAAACGAUACAUGUGGUAGCUAGUGAUAAGGAUCAAAAGGAAGAAGCCACAGAACUUGUAAGCAGCUCUUUGUUUUCUCCUUCCGUCUCCUUGUCUCCCUCUCAUCUUGACAACAUUGUGGACAAACAUUUGGGCGACUUCUCCUCUGAGAUACAGCUCCUCCUGCAGAAGCAGAGCAUUAAUUACAGCUUCCCCCAGUACCCACACUGUACUUCAUACACACAAAACCCCGCACCUCAACACACACUCCCACACACCCUCAAAUCUCAGUUUUCACAGUAUGUGUCUUUCUACAACCCCUGCCCCUCGGUCCAGGACUAUGUUAGCUCACUAAAGGACGGCAUUGAGGGCAUGCUGACAGAGUUUGAAGACAGCUGGCCGAGCCACAAGGCUGGCACCAGCCGGACUGUUGUUGAUGACGCACUGGCUAGCAGAGUUAGCGACUUUGUGUCUAGCAUCCGAGCAGCUAAUGCUAAAACCGGCAAAGAUGAUGGUCUCUAUGGUGAACUGACAGCUGCUGACGUCGGUGAUUCAGUCAGUCAAAAUCCUGCUCUCUCUAGAGGGGGUGAGGUGUGGCAGCCACAUACACUCACCAUACAGGUCCCUAAUGCUACAAACAACAGGAACCCCUCAACGUCUCAUGUCACUUUAUCUACCUCUGCGUCUGGUUCUAACUACGAGCCUAAUGAUGCCUCCGUCCUCAUUUCUUCUAUUAACAAGUCCCCACAGUCCCACUGGAAAUCACAGCAAAGUCACACUUUGGAGAUCACGAGAACAGUCACUCACAACGUUAGACAAACGCAAGACAACACCACUACCAGGACUGUGCAUUGUACCACUGGUGUAGAAGGUGGGACUAGUCUUGCAGGUACAAACUCUGAGGUGACCAUGCCAGGGUUCAGCGGUGUCUCUAAGCCCUUGACAGAACCGUUUCGCCCCUCUGAGCCGCUCUCCAGUCCACUCUCGGCAUCCAUCCCCGGUCCCGGCACAGGCUCAGCUCCCCCGGCCAUGGCACUGAGCUCCCUUAUCAGCCAGCUGCAGCCGGAAGUGUUCAACAGCCUGGUGGAGAUCAUCAAAGACGUCAAGAAACACUCCCUGCAGUUCUACCUCCACAACCCCGAGCCAGGAGACCAGGUUCACGAGGACGUCAAGAAAUACCUGUUGAAGCAGGGGAACAUGGAGCAGAGUCCUGUGACCUUCCUGAGCCAAGAAACCUCUGACAACAGACUGCUGGUCAUCAUCAAGAACAAAGACAUAGCUGGACACAUACACAAGAUCCCAGGUCUGGUGUCCCUGAAGCGUCAUGCCUCUGUGGUGUUUGUGGGAAUCGAUACACUGGACGACAUGAGGAACAAAAGCUACAACGAGCUUUUUGUUUCUGGAGGCUGCAUCGUUUCGGACGAGUUAGUCCUCAAUCCAGACUUCAUCACUCACGAUCGACUGGCUGCGCUGCUGAUGAUCCUGGAGCAGCACAGUUCUCCAGAGAGCGUCUGGAGGUGGAAGGUCCACUGCAAAACCCACAAGAAGUUAAAAGAACAAGCCAGGUUCAGAAGAGAUGCAGCCAACCUACUGAACGUGUUGUCAACAUAUCACAAGCGGCAGAUUGUUGAGUUCCUCCCAUAUCAUCAGUGCGACAUGAUGAACCACCAGUCCCCUGACUUGGACUGUCUCAUGGAGCUCCAGGCCCGAUACACACAGUACCGACACACAGUCUUCCUGACUGAGCAUCAUUUUGAGCAGUUCGCUGCGUACUCUAGUAGCGGCAUCAUCAUGGCCAAUAUUGAAGAGUUACUGCACAACUUCACCAGACUGGUUGGUAACCAUGAGAUGAAGGACAGUCAGCCAAUCAUGGAGGACAUGCUGGCUCCCAAAGGGCUCGGGAUGCAGCUGAGUCAUAGUGACGCUGUGUCAGGCUCUGAACGCUCUCCCUCUAUCUUCCCAGAACCCAUCUAUCCCCUCCCCUCCAGUGAUCAAUCCCAACAUCUCCUCCAGCAGUCCGGCUCCACCCUCCCCGCUCCUUCCAAUCUGCCUGACCAGCUCGUCCCGGACGCUUCCUGUAAGGACGGUGUGCCGCACCACUCGGACACAGACUUUGAGGUUCUUCGACUGGCCAUCUCACAGUUACGGGCUGAGCGUCAGGCCCAGCUGCAGCAGCAGUUGGACUCUCAGGCAGAGUUGAGCAUCAACUCCCUCAAAUGCUCCCCUCCCAAUCUCGUUGGUACAGGUAGCGGUCCCACCGAGUCUGUUAACGUCACUCAUGACAGGAAAGCAGUGGCAGCCACUCUGGAGUUCAUUCACUCAGCAUUACAGCAGGAGAGGAGGGAGGACGGAGCAGAAACUCCCACAGAGGGACGGACGAUAGGAGGAAAUCAAGGAGAGGCUGGAGAUCUCAGAGGAGGUACUUCAGUGAGAGUGGUGGGGUUCCUGGGAGAAAACAGGGGUCCUAGUAACAGUGACACUUCUAGCCCUUUGUCCAUUCAAAGCACAGCAGCCAUGAUGGCUCCAAGUACACAAACAGGCUCAACCAAUGACCGGACAGAGAUGGCAAAUCAAACAGAAGAACCUGUAUUUCCCAAAACAGAUAAACACGCUGCAGCCUCCUCGAGUAACACAACUCGUCCUGAAGAAGGCGACGUAACGAGAGACAAACAGUCAGGCCAGGAGCAGCCAAGAGGAGAGGGAGCACCACCUGGCAACAGCACUGUCAGUGGCACCAAGAUCCAGCAGCCUAAACCACACCCGCAGCAACUGAACCACACCCAGCAGCUCCAGCCGAGUCGCCCCCACCUCCAGCCACCGCCUCCCAGCCAGCAGCAGCAGCAGCAGCAGUGGGGCACCAGCCUCCUGCAGCCCCCCCACCUGCAUCGACUUCCCAACCAGCCUUUCACCCGCAGCCCCAUGCUGGGGCCCCUGACCGCUCUGGGAGGAGGCCUCCUGGGGCCAGUUCCUGUCUGGCCAGGGGGCCUGGGCCCUGCAAGCGCUGCCGCCCUGGCCUGGGGCUUCCAGCAGGUCGGCAGGGACUUCACUGGUCCUAGACUGCUGGGGGGGUUCCACAACCCUGCAGGGCAAGGCGGCAGCAGGUACAGAGGGGGGCAAAGGGGAGGAGGCUUUAAUGGGAUGUAGAGAGCCGGUCUGACCGCACCCGCUGAUACACCUGCCGCCGUUCAUGGAGCCGGUUUAUUAAAAACUACCACCAGAGAACAGGAGGUGGAAACUUCCUAAACACUGACAGGUCCUGGACUGAAAAGGGAAGGAGGGACCACUCUCGCUCUGUACGCAGCUUGCAAAGUUUACUCUCUAGCAUCACAAACUCACCAACAUGCUGAUCCAGGACCGUCGUAGUACAAAUCACGGGCUCCGAGAAUCUGGCCGUUUGUCACUCGGGUUCAUACACUCGCCCACAGGAAGAUUGUUGAAACUACAAACUCAUGUCUUUUUUUGAAUUUGCUGAUAUAUUUGAUAGUGACAGUAAAGGUACAGGCAGGAAAC